UUACGUCACUUCCUCCCCGGCCGGAGCUGGCCCCACUCAUUCUCUUUAGUGUUUGCCCUGUGCCCGCCGCCUCCCUCCGCCGCCGCGGCGCCCCCGGCCCAUGGACUGAGCCGCCCGCUGGCCCGCACCGCCCGCCGGCCCGGGAGCCGCAGCCCAGGCAUUGUCCAUCAUAAAUAUCUUAUUCAGAACUAAGCCCAAAUCUUCACUCUCUGGAUCUCCUAAAGGUCAGCGAUUUGGCUUCAUCACACUGAGUUUGCCUGCAUUCAAAGCUGUUUACCUACAGUAAUUUGCUCUGGUUGGAAGUGAACAUGUCUCAAGUUCAAAUUCAGAAUCCUUCUGCUGCCCUUGCAGGGAGCCAAAUACUGAAUAAAAACCCAUCUCUUUCACAGCCUUUGAGUAUCCCUUCUACUACCAGUUCUUUGCCCUCUGAAAAUGCAGGUAGACCUAUCCAAAACUCUGCUUUACCCUCUGCAUCAGUUACAUCCACCAAUGCAGCUGCAGCUCCUUCAAACAUGGCAAACCCCAAAGAGAAAACCCCCAUGUGUCUUGUGAAUGAGUUAGCCCGUUUCAACAAGAUUCAGCCUGAAUAUAAGCUUCUGAGUGAGCAAGGUCCAGCUCAUUCUAAGGUGUUUACAGUGCAGCUGACUCUUGGGGACCAGCACUGGGAAGCUGAAGGAACUAGUAUUAAAAAAGCGCAACAUGCGGCAGCUGCCAAAGCUUUGGAAGGGACAAAAUUCCCUAAGCCUACAGCUCGUCCAUCUCGUAGUGAAGGCAAGAAUCCAGACAGUGUAACCCCCACAGUGGAGUUAAAUGCACUUUGCAUGAAGCUCGGAAAGAAACCUAUAUACAAACCUAUCGAUCCCUAUACAGGGAUGAGAUCCACUUACAACUAUGCUAUGAGAGGUGGUACUUAUCCUCCACGGUACUUUUACCCAUUUCCUGUUGGGCCCUUACUUUAUCAAGUUGAGCUUUCAAUUGGAGGGCAGCAGUUCCAUGGGAAAGGAAGAACAAGACAAGCUGCUAAGCAUGAUGCAGCCGCUAAAGCACUGAAAGUUCUGCAGAAUGAGCCUUUGCCUGAGAAACCAGAGGUUAACGGAAAAGAACCAGAUGAUGAAAAUCUCAAUAAAUCUGAAAUAAGCCAAGUUUUUGAGAUUGCACUUAAAAGGAACUUGCCUGUGAAUUUUGAGUUUUUCCCUCUGAAACAGGUGACCAAGGAAAGUGGUCCUCCCCACAUGAAGAGCUUUGUAACCAAGGUGUCAGUUGGAGAAUUCAUGGGUGAAGGUGAAGGAAAGAGCAAGAAGAUCUCAAAGAAAAAUGCUGCAAUAGCAGUCUUAGAAGAACUCAAAAAAUUGCCACCCCUUCCUACAGUUGAGAAAAUGAAGCCACGAAUCAAAAAGAAAACAAAAUCAAUAGUGAAGCUGCAAACAAGUCCAGAAUAUGGUCAAGGAAUGAAUCCCAUUAGCAGACUUGCGCAGAUACAGCAGGCCAAGAAAGAGAAGGAACCAGAGUACAUGCUCAUCACAGAACGUGGCCUUCCAAGGCGCAGGGAGUUCGUUAUGCAGGUGAAAGUCGGUGUACACACAGCUGAGGGAAUGGGCACAAACAAAAAAGUUGCUAAACGCAAUGCAGCUGAAAAUAUGUUGGAAAUUUUAGGUUUCAAAGUCCCUCAACCUCAACCUCCAAAACCAGCAUUAAAGACAGAGGAGAAGACACCAGUGAAGAAACCAGGUGAUGGAAGAAAAGUAACCUUCUUUGAGCCAGGCUCUGAAGACACUUCAGCUAGUAAUAAAGAAGAUGAGUUUAGGAUGCCUUAUCUCAGCCAUCAGCAACUUCCUGCUGGAAUUCUUCCCAUGGUCCCCGAGGUUGCACAAGCUGUAGGAGCCAGUCAAGGACACCACACCAAAGAGUUCAAUAGGGCAGCCCCAAAUCCUGCCAAGGCUACAGUCACAGCGAUGAUUGCUAGAGAGCUGUUGUACGGUGGUACUUCUCCUACUGCUGAGACCAUAUUAAAGAACAACAACUCGUCAGGCCACGUACCCCACGGACCACUGACUCGGCCCUCUGAACAGCUGGACUACCUUUCCAAUGUUCAAGGAAUCCAGGUUGAAUAUAAAGACUUUCCAAAAAAUAACAAGAAUGAAUUUGUAUCUCUUAUAAACUGUUCCUCUCAGCCACCACUGAUCAGCCAUGGAAUUGGGAAGGACGUAGAAUCUUGCCAUGAUAUGGCUGCAUUGAAUAUUUUAAAGUUGCUGUCUGAGUUGGACCAACAAACCACAGAGAUGCCAAGGACAGGAAAUGGACCAAUGUCUGUAAAUGGAAAGUGACCCUCUUCUCAAACCGGCUAACUCAAACACUUUGGGACAAACACUGGACAGCACUGCCUAAAAAAGGCUUUUGACUGGACCCAAACCCGAAAGCACCAGAGAAAAUCAAAUGCUUCCUAUUAAUGUAACCUAACUGUUUUAGAGUGCUACAGUCUUUACAACUUACUGUAGUGUCUAAAUCAUAACCGUUGCUUUUCUUCAAACAGUGAUGAAUUUUUAGUUUCAUUAUGUUGUUUUGAUUGAAAUGACACUAUAAAAUUUUCAUUUAAAAGUUUCUUAAUUGUAUCUAGAACAAUAGCACAGUUUAGAAACUUUGUCUUCUGAGACUGACAUGUUAUCUGUGAACUAACUUGGGAAGAUCAUAUCCAUGUAUGCGGUUAUUUUGUUUUUAUUGAAAUAGCAAAGUUUCACUGGAAACAAAUAGUGUGCCCACCAUUUCAAAAAUUCCAAACCUAGCUUAAUUAUCCAACGGUUGAAUGAAUUAAAAUACUUGAGGAAUUUUAAACUUUGUUUGAUUAUUUUUGGUUAAUUUCUAGUUUUCUUGAGCUGGGGGUAGGGGAACUUGAAUGCAAUGUGACUUUAAAUGAUCUCUGAUCUAUGUUUUAAAGAUUGUGCGUAGAGAUGGCACACAGCUCACUACAUUACAGGAUAUGAUCUCGAUGUAGUGCAUAUAAAACCGCAGAUUGAUUUUCCUUGAGUGCUUUAUACUGUUUAAUUACAUCUCCAUGUAGGGCUGAAAAAAAUUACCUAUGUUUAUAUAUAAACUGUGUUGCUUUUGAUGUUGUGUUAUUGUGCGCUGAACUGCGCGCAAUAAAGUUUUUGCAUAUGGUCCAGGUAAAGCACGAUAGCCUUGCAAGUUAAGUACUGCUUCAGUUCAUUGUUUACGCUGGAAUUUUUUCUCCCCAUGGAAUGUAAGUAAAACGUAGUGUUUGUCACCAAUAAAUGGUAAUACUAAAUUUUUUUGGUUAAUUUAUUCUUGUAUGCCACUACAGGGGCUGCUUUUUUAUAGGAUUUGUAAUGCUUGUGAUAUAGUACGGGCAGUAUUGUAAAGCUAUGGAGUAACUGUACAAUGGUUAUCAAUUACAUAUAAAUAACUAUUAUUUAGUAAUGUGGAGGAUGUGAAAGCCUGGCAAGGUCAAGGAAAUUCAAAAGUAACGUGGGUACAUUUUGUUAUUUGUGCCACAGUGUGUUAGUGCAACUGUAUUGAUGGGAGCUUAAGCUGAAGUUAUGAUUAUGACAAGAAACCUGGCACAAUGAGUUGGUAUGAUUUCAGAGUUUAAGUCUCUACUUUUAAGUUUCCUUGUUUGCUUGUAAUUGAGUCAUAACCUUGCCUCGCACGUCGUGAUUUUUAGGGGGUGGUACGUUCAAAGCAAAACUUUUCCUCUAGCGACAAAAGCUGGCACGGUAGGCUGACACCUGAGAGCGUAUCCUCGGGAUGCGACCUGCCGGACGUGUGUGCCUGGCCGGUCGCCUGUAGCGGCACUCCCUACACACCCGGCUGCAGUGCGUGCAGCAACUCUUGUCACGGAAAGCAGUUACUGCAUCUGCUGUGACUCAAAGCUAAAUGUCUCAGCCGUUUUAUUUGCAUUAUCAGAAGCAAUCAGGCUACAUAAACUGCAUACCAAAUUUUAUUGAAUCAAGUUGGGUUUGAUCAUUAUAAGCGCAAAAACCAUUGUAAAGGGGUUUUUUUGGUUUUUUUUUUUUUACAUUUGUAGAACUAAAAUGCUGUACAUUUAAAAAUUAAAAGAAACUUGCUAGGCUGAGGCUUUGUAUUGCAAAUUCUUACAACUUAGAAACUACAUACCAAACAAUUUAUAUUGUAAAGCAGAUACCACGUUGAUGGCAGUGUAAAUGGUCUCCCUGCUUUCAUCCGCUGCUCCUUAGGAGUCUUCUCUUUGGAUGUGACCAGCGCCUAUUCAUGGACUGUUCUGCAGCAUUCAUCAGUAUUGCUGUGUUUCAUAUGAACCUGAGUUAAAGUAUUUUUGCCAUAGAUACCUCUGUUUCAGGACUCUUAAAUACAUCUGUCAUCUUAGAGGGGCUCUUGAAGUGAAGGCUCUUUUGUCAAAGGCCAAUGUAACCACAGCCUUAGGAGGGAAGACUUCGGGUCACUGUAUGGAUUCUAGGUGAGCCACUACAACCACUUGCUUUUUUUCUCUUGUCUCUUGUGCGCUUGAUGCAUCAAAGGCUAGGAAGAAUAAUUACAUAUUAUAUGUAAUCACCUCCCACUGGCUCAGGGGCUCCAAGCCCCAUCCAGCCUGGCCUUGAACACCCCCAGGGAGGGGGCAGCCACAGCUUCUCUGGGCCGGACCCUCACCACCCUCACAGUAAAAAAAAUUCUUUCAAUAUAAAUCUCCCCUCUUUCAGCUUAAAACUGUUACCUCUUGUCCUGUCCCUGUGCUCCCUGUCAGGAGCCCCUCCCCAGUUUUCUGGGAGCCCCUUUCAGUCCUGGAAGCUGCUCAGAGCCUUCUCCAGGCUGAACAAGCCCAACUCUCUCAGCCUGUCCUUUAACAAGAGGUGCUUCCAGCCCUCUGGCCAUCCUCGUGACCUCCUCUGGAUUUGCUCUCACAGAUGCCCUUUCUGUUGUGAGGGCUUCAGAAAUGAACACAGGACUCCAGGUGAGAUUCAGAUCUUAAUUGGUUAGGGUUGUGCUCCCACAAGCAGAUUUUAGCAAGCGUUUUUUUCCCCUCAUCUUACUUGACUCUGCUUAAAUUACCACAAGCAUUUUAGUAAAUUAAGGCAUUUUUUCCUAUGUUUCUCCAAAAGUAUUUGGCAAUAUGGUAGGACUGACCUGAGUGUUCCAGAAUCUGCUCUUCGUUUAGUGAAUUGUGGAAUUCUACACUCAGAAUAUUCAGUUCGGAGAGAGAGAACUUCCCUUUAAUCACUUCCAAAUGGGUGUAAGGAAAACAAAGUAUUUAGUCUGAUCUGUCAGGCUCCUGACAUUUGUGUCUGCAGCAACUGAGACAGUGAUCUUGUUUGUUUAUUUUCAGAAUUUACCACAUUGUUAUCCCAGGCUCCUAAACUGCAGAGCCAGGGUUCUGAAGGUAGGGCUGCCCCUAAGCCACCGCUUCACAGCGUGGGGCGAGGAAGUCUGAUCUCUGGGGAUCUGCUUUAGUAACUUUGUCACUGUGUGUGACUCCUGAGGAGGCCGUUCCUUGGCGAGCUGGAGCUGUGACCUGGCAGAACGAGCCACUGAAUUUCAGAGUGUUUCAGUCUUGGUUCUUUGGACCUUUUUUAAUGCCUUCCUAUCCUACUUCCAAACGUGGAGCAUGCAGGCUGAAAGGAAGUAGCCGCGUUCAGAAACCACAUUCUGGAAAUAAUUAUGUUCAUUUUCCUGUAGUUCAGCUCGUAAAUAAGAUCAGCAGAGACCAGACAGCGUAGGCAAUACAUUUUCCUUCACCAAAGAAAAUGUCCUGUCUGCCUGUACUCCUUCAUGUGUCUCAACCUUGACAAACUCCAGUCUUCAUGUUGUUGUUUUCUGGUAUUUGAAAGAAAGCACUUAUUACUGUUUUCUCAGCCUUCAAAGCCUUAAGCCAAUGUCUAAAUUCCAGCAGCUUUUGCAUUUCUCUCCUUCAGCCUCUUGUACAAGCGUACAGCCGCAUGCAACGGCGGCUCUGGUUAAAAGAGUGAAACUGUGCCACUGUUCUUUGAAGAGGUGCUGUCAAAUGUGUCUCUUAUUAAUGCCCUGUGUAAGAACCCGAAGGGCGGCUUUGUCGAUGUGCUGCGUACCCAACGCGGCCAGUGAAGCCUUUUCCAGUGCUGUGUGAACAAGCUGAAGGGCUGCUGCUCACGCGUCCAAAGUAACCAGUUGCACUCCCAAGCUGGUGUACAAGAAAGAAGGUAGUCCAUGUUCACCCAGGGGUUCUGGAGUAUUACCUGCUUUCUGGAUCGGGUCAGUUUGCUCUCCUUGAGACAAAAAAAAAACCUGCGCCACAUAAAAGGUAAAGGGGAAUAAUGAAAAUGGGUCAGGGAAUAUUCUUAAAGCAGCAUAUUUUGUUAGUAGGAAGUCCUGACUCCCCAACGGAAGAAACAUGACUUUUCGUGAUCCAUCAUUCUUGGUUUCAGGGUGGAGAUCUUCAGGAAAGGAAGGAUUUGUGCAAGGUCUGUUUUCAAGAAUGCUGAGCUGUAGGAUAGCUAAAAUGUGCCUACAGAAUGAGAAGCAGCCUGGAUUCACUGUGAUACCUGUUUGUUCCGUCAUAUUAAAAUACAUUCCCAUAACUUCUUGUUCGUUGUUUUGUUUUAGGAUAUAGACAGCUGGUAUUUCCUUAGGAUAAAUCCUAUCUGAAAGGACUCAGUUGAGGAAUGUGGAGUCAGUAGGGUAUAUAUUCUUGUUAUUAAUCCUCUGGCCAAAUGUCAGUACCAUACAUCAGAGCUAAGUGUAGCUGUACUGGGAAUCCCACUGUAAUGACUGUUACCUAAGGAUCAAACCAACUUCUGUUCUAACCCACUGAUCAAAGUUAAGAGUUUUAUUGUGAUGAGAUGAAUGGUGGGAGGUUCGUAAGGUGUCACUGCAGGAAGGGAGAGGAUGUGUGGAUAGCACUUCGCUAAUCUUCUUCUGUGAAGCAACUGUGGAGUUGUUUGCUGCUUUUAUUUUGGAAGUCUGCAGUAGAAAUCAAUAGAAUAAAUGUGAAUCAACGUAAUACCUUCCUUAAGAGCUUUAUUUAGAAGACUCCUCUGCUUAAGCUCAAAGAAAUGCUGCUCCAGAGGUGCUUACAAAUCUGAAAACACUCGACUCCAUCUCUGUGGCUGUGACAUGCUGUAUUGCUUCCCUUUGGAUACGUAAACUUACUUAAUACCCAGGAUCCCCUGCGUGAGAACCUGGACAUCCCAUGGAAAGAGGUUGAGAAAAAAGUUGUUAGAACAAAUUAAAAUUUCAAGGGUAUUUGUUUGAUCUCUGGAUUAGAACUAAAUAAAAGCAUACAGAUGGUGAAUAACUCACCCAAGGGUGUAUUAUUUUGUAUACCACUAGCAGUAUUCGAAUGCGACAAAAUUGUAUUUGAUUAGAAAUGAAAAAAAUACCAAGCUUUUAAACUUUACUUAUUCUCAUGCUUCAUGUCAGGGACAAAACCUCUGAUCGGGGACAGAUGGGCAUCUCUAGAGACACUCAUCCCUAUUCCCUGUUUUCCAGUGGGUGCAAUCUCCGAAGUUGCUGCUGUUACCAUUUUAACACCACAACCAAGUACGUUGCAGUAGGGAUAUAUUAUAUUUUGUGGUCUGAUUGCUAAGGAUUGCUUUCAUUGUUGUAGAAAACCCAAUUGGGAAAGGAAGGAAUCACUGGAACAGUAUCAGUAGUUUGUUGUAAAUAAGAUUUGGUGCAACUGUUCUACAAACAGUCACUGCAUUUGCAUUAAAAGUUUCUAAAUUCCCUUUAAAGCUUGUUAAGUAUUAUACAUACAGAGGAGCUUAUGUUGACCUAUCAAGUUACUUUAGUUACUAAAGUGGAUAAAAACUUGAAGAACAUGUGCAAAUUCAAACAUACAAGGGCUAAGUACAUUUAAAUUAUAGUCUCGUCUAAGCAUUCUCAGCAAUAACUGUUGUGCUUUCUGGAGUGUUGUCAUCCUCUGCACGAAAAAUGUUGCUGUUGAAAGACCACUCCAGGUCCUGCUCUGGAAACAAGGCAGCUUCUAGGAGAUGCUUUUUCUCUUCAUGUAGUGCUGCCUAUCUCCACAGCUCCUGAUCCCAAGAAGCAAGGCUUGUGGUGCCUCCCUGAUUCUAGCUAAUUAUAUGCUGUUUUGAUGAACUAAAUUGUCUACCUCUUGAACCAAAGCAUUUCCAUCUCAGUUAAAUUGUCAGGAAGUCUUG